AUGGCGCUCGCGAAUAGAAGUACAGACGGCUUUUGCUGGGUGACACUGGUGACCAAAGCUUCAUACCUACCCGGAGCCAUUAUCCUGGCACAUACUCUGGAUCGACACAAGUCGAAAUAUCCAUUCGUCAUUCAAUACACCUCUUCACUUGGGGACGAAGCUGUGGCAGCGCUGGAGGAAGAAAGCUCCAACUAUGGUCGUAUCCAGCUACAGAAAGUAGAUCUUCUUUUACCUCGAAAAGAUCAGGAGAAUACUGGCAGCGUGGCUGAACGCUUCAAGGACACCUUCACAAAGCUGAGAGCUUUCGAGGUCUACAAGCAAGGAUACACGAGAGCGGUCUUUCUCGACGCUGACAUGGCCAUAUUCCGAAACCCGGACGAGCUAUUCCAGUGCCGGCUUCCUGGGCAGGACUGGCUGGGCGCCAAUCAUGCUUGUGUCUGCAACUUGGACCACGACUCCUGGGCUCCUCCCGAAUGGCAGAAGGGCAACUGUGCGUACACACCUCUCACGGAAGCUGAUGACGUUGCUGCGCCUAUCACCCCUGAAAGCCGGCCGACAUAUCGCUUGCUGAAUGGUGGUAUGUUGCUGUUCAACCCAAACGAGGAACUUUGGUCGAGGAUGCUUGACUAUUUCAAUACGUCGGAGAAACUGAAAACGUACCAGUUCCCUGACCAAGACUUCUUAGCAGACUUCUAUCGAGACAAUUGGCAUCCUCUUUCGUGGAAGUACAACGCUUUGAAAACCAUGAGGUAUUGGCACCCCAAAAUGUGGUCGGAUGAGAAAUUGGUAGUCCUCCAUUACAUCGUGGACAAACCCUGGGAACGACGGGUCAGUGACAAGGGAGUUGCUGGACAUCUAGGCCGCGACGGAGAAACACAUACCUGGUGGUGGAAUGUCUACCAUGACUGGAGGAAACAGAGAGAAGACAGCAACAAGAGCCAUCUUGUUCUGGCGACGAUGGAUAAGCUGGCCGAUACCAAGGAGCCUUUUACCGAUGUUAUACCACUUCCACAGGCAGUGGGAAAGCCGGAGGACGUCCUCCCAUAUCCUUGA